ACCAAAACAGGAAAUGUUUUAAUACAAAGUGUAACCUGGAAAGCUAGCUCUGCGAUGGUGUCAAGAUGGUACAGAGUGUGUUCCGGUCUGGUUUUCUGGUGCGGGUCUGUCACACCGUGCUAACCUGGGUCAUAACUCUGAUUCUAUUCCUGCACAACACCGAUUUACGGAGAUGUGAGGAGCAAGGAGACCUGCUGCUGCCAGGUCUCUUCUUCCUCCUGGUUCUGCUGUCGGUGCUUUUAUACUUCACCGUCUCCUUAAUGGAUCCGGGAUUUGUUCUUGCUGACCCAGUAAAGGGAGGUCAAGGUUCAGAUGAAGAAAUGGAGUCGAUGAUCCCUCAGUCGUCGACCCCUCGACUGCGGCGCUGUGGGUACUGCCUGCUGCAGCAGCCAAUGAGAGCCAAGCAUUGUCAGACGUGCAAACGCUGCGUGCGACGCUUCGACCAUCACUGCCCCUGGAUCGAAAACUGCGUCGGGGAGAGGAACCACCGCUGGUUUGUGGUCUACCUGCUGGUGCAGCUGCUGGUCCUGCUGUGGGCUCUUCAUAUCGCUCUCUCGGGGAUUUCUCCUGGUGUCACCUGGGAGCUGUGGUUCAGAGCGAAUGCGUUUCUUCUGGCGGCGCUUGCCGUGGUCGGGGUUUUCUCCGGCGUCGUGCUGCUGCUCCUGGGCUGCCACCUCUACCUGGUGUCCAUCAACUGCACCACCUGGGAGUUCAUGUCCCGACACAGAAUCUCAUACCUGAAGAACUGCGGGAAGGAGGAGAACCCGUUCGACCGAGGCGUUUUCUGCAACCUGUGGGACUUUUUCUGCAUCUGCAGGACGGUGAUGUGGGAGCAGGUCUAUCAUAAACCUCCCCCAAACCCUGCCUGAACUCCACCCAUUACAACGAUGGACAUGCUGAUUCUUUAAAGCAAAAUCUUAUUGUCAUACAUUUUGCUUCAAAGGAGACAAACCCACGUUUUUAUUUAAAUGGUUGUGAAAUAGUGAGUGUUUUUAAAGCAGAAAGUUUAGAACCAAAUACUGGAUCAGUUUCUUGUUGUCUGUUAUUGUUGUUUCUGAAAAUUGCCAAAGAACAGAAGCAGAAGAACUAUUGCAUUUUUUUUUAUAAAGUAUGGAGUGAGGUUUGUUCCAUUAUGGUUGCAAACAAAAUACAUGAAUUCUAAACAGAAAAAUAAUCCAAAUAUUAAAGUUUGAAGAACUUAUUUAAAAGAUUUUAAGAAUAACUGCUGGUUUUUUUUUUUUUUUAGAUU